ACGCCGCCCGCGUUGCGCCAUUUUGAAAGUGUAAUGCUGGAGCAGGCAGAGGCGAGGGAAAUCUCAAAGUAGAGAGCAAAGUCUACAAACCAGCACAGAGGACUGCAGGUUACUUUCUUUGGCUGAAAACGGUUUCGUGUUGUCGAUAUCAGCUGGGCCGAGGACUUUCCAUUGGGAUCUCCGGGGUUACCAGCAACACUCCCAGCUUCAUUCCUCCACUGCUCCUCGGUCAGAACCUCCCAGCCUACCCGGGUCAGCACCGCUCCAGACCAGGGCCCAGCCCGCUACACAGAUCCCUGUCUCAGCAGCUCACCAUGGCAGGGCCCGGUGGUGGGAGCAGUGAUGUGCAGUGGUGCUUCUCCCAAGUCAAAGGAGCGAUAGAUGAUGAUGUCGCUGAAGCUGACAUCAUAUCGACUGUUGAAUUCAACCACACUGGGGAGCUACUUGCCACUGGGGAAGGGGGUCGUGUUGUCAUCUUUCAACAGGAGCCAGAGAGUAAGAAUCAGCCACAGUGCCGAGGCGAGUACAAUGUUUACAGCACCUUCCAGAGCCAUGAGCCUGAGUUUGACUACCUGAAAAGUCUCGAGAUUGAGGAGAAGAUCAACAAGAUUCGAUGGCUGCCUCAGAAGAAUGCAGCACAGUUCCUCCUGUCUACAAAUGACAAAACUAUUAAGCUGUGGAAAAUUAGCGAGCGUGACAAGAGACCAGAGGGCUACAAUUUGAAGGAAGAAGAUGGGAGAUACAGAGAUCCAAAUACUGUCACAGCACUACGGGUACCGAUAUUCAGGCCCAUGGACUUGAUGGUGGAGGCCAGCCCCAGACGAGUGUUUGCAAAUGCUCACACUUAUCAUAUCAACUCCAUCGCAGUCAACAGUGACUAUGAGACCUACCUGUCUGCAGAUGACCUGCGUAUUAACCUCUGGCAUCUGGAGAUAACUGAUCGCAGCUUUAACAUUGUUGACAUUAAACCAGCCAAUAUGGAGGAGCUGACAGAAGUGAUCACAGCGGCUGAAUUCCACCCAAACCAAUGCAACACUUUUGUCUACAGCAGCAGCAAGGGAACCAUCCGCAUGUGUGACAUGAGGGCAUCAGCACUCUGUGACAAACAUGCCAAAAUGUUUGAAGAGCCAGAGGAUCCGAACAAUCGCUCAUUCUUCUCUGAAAUCAUCUCAUCCAUCUCUGAUGUAAAGUUCAGCCACAGUGGACGUUACAUGAUGACCCGUGACUACCUGUCCGUCAAAAUCUGGGAUCUCAACAUGGAGACCCGACCAGUAGAGACAUAUCAGGUGCAUGAAUAUCUCAGGAGUAAGCUGUGUUCACUUUAUGAGAAUGACUGCAUCUUCGACAAGUUUGAGUGCUGUUGGAAUGGGAACGACAGCGUUGUGAUGACGGGUUCCUACAACAACUUCUUCAGGAUGUUCGACAGAGGCUACCGGCAGGACGUGACCCUAGAAGCGUCGCGGGAAAACAGCAAGCCGCGGUCGGUCCUGAAACCUCGCAAAGUAAGCACGGGUGGGAAGCGCAAAAAGGAUGAGAUCAGUGUAGACAGUCUGGACUUUAACAAGAAGAUCCUCCACACUGCCUGGCAUCCUCUGGACAACAUCAUCGCCGUGGCCACCACCAACAAUCUGUACAUAUUCCAGGAAAAGCUGAACUAGCGUUUAUUGAACCGCUCAGAUCCCACUUUCUGCUUGAGCCCCCCAUUGCUCUGAUAUACCAAUAUAAACAAUAGCUGUCUGUUUUUAGCUAAAUCCCUAAAUCUUGAUAAGAUCUGCCCUCGGUGUGUGUGACAACAACAACAAACAGUGGCAUUAGCAGAGUACAUCCAACCAGAACAUCACAUGCAGUUUCUAUUGCAAACAUAAAAAUGCAGGGUUUAAGAUCUGAGUCCAGGCUUUGGGAUUUAGUACCGUGGGGUUCCACCAUUUGGAGCACUCCAUUUACCAAGCUACCAUUUACAACUCCACUACAUCCCAAACCAAAGGGAAAAUAUGUUAAAUACACAUAUUUGGUUAGUUUCUUUCAUUAUUCGUUUGUGCCAUCGUGACGGGAUUCACUUCUACGUCAUAGCUACCAGUUGUUAAGUUUUUGUAGCUACCAUGUUUUACUAGUUUGAAUAGGAAAUUCUUUCUUCUGUUUUUAUGUCUUGCUGUCACCAAGUUCCUUUUCGUACUGGCCUGAAUCACUGCUAAUACAAGCUGUCGACACUCCAUAUUUGCCCAGUAUUUGUCAAGUUGCCAAGUUCACUCACCGCUUUUUUUUCUCGCUAAUGUACAGUAUGGUUCUGCUGUUACAGGACUAAUCUCGUGUUUUAGCUCAUUCUCUGAAAAUGACAUAGAACUUACAUUACUGCUAACAUUUGUCCAGUGUUUGAUCUCAUAAAUAAUAUCAAAUUUUUAACUUUAAAGCAGCCACUGCUUUAACAUUAUUUCUCUACACAACAAAGCCAACUUACUUCAAAUUAACUCGACAUGUGUUCCAUCACAGUGAACGUCUUGUCUUUGAUAACAACAAAAUAAAUGUUUGUUUACAGAGCAGUAAGUAUACUGUAACAUCUGACACUUAAAGUGAGUAACUUUCUUCACCUUCUCCUUUCAACAUCUAUGUGUCCUUAUGUUCAUCCUCUGGAUUAGGAUUUACAUUUCUAAGUACUAUUGCUUUUAAUUAGCUAAAUGUCUAAAAUGCAGUGCUCAAGUGUCCUGAACAUUUGAGCAUUUGCUUUUCAAAACAGUCCCUGGUCUCAGCUACACCAAAACCUGACUAACCGUUCACUAACACAGAUGUUAAGUUGAUUAUCAUGGUGUACUGAAAUGGCUACAUUUAGGGAAAUGAUCAGCAGUAAUGUAAAUGGAAUUUGUAGUUAUUGGCCAAUAUCGUUAAAACAAAACCACGCCAUUGAAGUCCUUUAACGUGGAUACAUGACUGGCGUGCUCACACAUUUGUCAGGUAUUGUGGUUUUGGGAGUUAAAUGGUGACUAAUCAUGCCAAAGUAACCAGUCCUAUACACUCUGAACUUGUAUUCAUUUAAAGCUGUCUUGCAGUCAAGGUGCCCCUGAUCCGACUAGUCGCUCUUGCACAUGUGUAGACGACCAUAUAAAGCUCAGGACAAAAGCUUAUAUACGUAGAAGGGCAUAACGGUGUGAUAAUUCUCUUGUGGUCUGUGGCACCAAAACCGAGUGCUGCUGCCAGCUUCCCCACAAAGCCUGUUGUGUUGCUGCAGAUUGAUCGACCGCUUUACUCUCUGGAUCUAGUUGUGGACUUUUUUUUUUAUUAUUUUAUAUGAUGUUUUGUACUGUACCUGAUAAAAGAAGAAUAAUCACUAUAGCUGAUUUAUUUUUGUAUAAAUUAAGGCAAUAGGAUUACAGUCUGAUCACUGUAGUUUCUUUAGCUGUCUGACUGAUUGUAGAUGGGAGGUUGCUUGAUAACCAGGUUACCUUUUUGUCACAUGGCUUUGGGACAUUUUCUUCAUCCUGCCAGGUAUUUGUUUGAAAGCUAGAGAUUUUUUUUUGACAUCAAGGAUCAAGGAAGUGUGUCGUUUCUGAUGUGGGAUGUCCAAAGAAAAGUAUUUUCAGGUGUCAGUACGUCUGUAGUGUUAAGCACUAUAACUGUAUUUUUAUUAUUUUUUUCCCUACUGUAACUAUUGUUUAUGUAGAACUUUUUUUGGGAUGCUUCAGAGUUACAUUCUGAGUUAAUUUAGAUCUUAACGUUCUGUUUCUGUGCCAUGGUUUUGUUUCAUGAAUCAUUUUGCUCGCUGUGAAAGAAUAGAUCCCCACGGGUCUACAUUUGGAAAGGCAUAUUUAAUCAACAUGUAUUGUUAAAACUGUUAAAUCAAGUUCUCUACAGCUAGUCAAGGCGAUUGACUAGACUGCAGAGUUGCUGAUUUUGAAAUAUGAAAUGUCUUCUCUCUCCUGUACAGACUUGUAUAUUUAAAAAGGAGAAUUUGUGAAGCACUUGCAGAUAAUUGCUAAAUACAUCAUAAAUAUAUAAAUGACUGUUUUGGACAUGGAGAGGGAAAAACGUCACAAAGAUUCAUUUUGCUGUUUCUUUGCAACAUCAUGAUUAAGUCAAAUGCUGCCAGAAGACCUUAUUCAGAUCAAACAUUUUAGAUUUUCGGAGCAGAAAAGGCGCAGGUGUCAAUAGCAGCGGCUCCAUUCCAUUUAGAUGAGCUGCUUACAGGGUCCUGGUUGUUGUGCAUCCUGACUCUCAUCAACAAAAUUUGUUUCACCUGUUCUUUUCCUUUUUACAGAAAGUGAAAUGUCUGCAAUGAAAGGGGUCUUAUUCUAUUCUGGAGCAAACGGCUUGAUUAUAGCACAGUUUUCCACUUCAUUAAAAUUAUGUUCAAGCCAUUAAAUCAGGGCAUGAAGCUUCACGGUCCACUGGAUCAUAUUUGUAAGUGUCACUCUUCGAAUCACUAAGAUGCCACCAACUAACACCGAUCUCCACACGGUGGUACGUAACUACUGCAGAGUGACACUCUCUCAGGGCUCUGGGUAAUGUCUUCUAGUAAUGAGAUACUUUGCUUUUUCUUAAUUUUUGCAGCCUUUUGAAAGGCAACUUUUCUUCCUUGUCUAAUGCAAAACUGUGAGGGUGAUUUCCGUCAUUUGCCCCAUGUCAUAUAUAUGUAUGAACCUGUAUAAUGUGGCGCCUUUGUCCCAUUCCACGGUAAAGAAUUCAAUCAGUUAGCCCCCCCAGAGAAGAGAUAUUCAUUCAAAAUCAGAUCAGUGGUCAGCCUUGUCCCAUCAGUCAUCCAAUCUGGCAUCUACUUAAAUAACUGUUUUCUAUGUAAAAUAGUACUACAUCAGAAUCGGCAACUUGAGGUAACAUUGGCUUUUUAGAUAAGUCCACCUUUGCAGACAGCAGGAAUGGACGUCACACUGUAUGACCAUUACAUCAUCACUAAAAAACAGUUACUGACAUUCAAUAAAAACGACUAACCAACAGUCUUUUUCACUCACCCCUCAUAUCGUCUUCAUACAGUAGCUAUUUAUCAAGGCUAUAGCAUAAACCACAAAGAUGUUCCGAAGAACCCUAUUGCCUUUCUUAUAGCAUUAAGAAGAAAUGAGAUAAUCAAGUAUGUUUCUUGAAGUUUCUGGCUCGCCAGACAGGAAACUGCUCAGGGGAAUUUACCGCUGCUCUGUGAUCAAAACCUUGUACCUUCAAGAAAGCAGCUUUUCAGGACUCUUUACAAAAAACUGCCUUAUUUACAGAUUGAGCAUCCUUUUUAUUUAAAAAAAAAAAUCAAGUUUCUGUAACGACUAACUAAACUUGCCCUACAUAUGAUAGAAUACGUCACAAAAUCUCAAGGAAACUGUCAAAAUUGGAGUUAUGAGGUUUUUCCACUUGCAGCAGCAUUAUAUACAUGUCUAAUGUAUCACAGGAGUUAAAAUAAAAUGCACUUUUGUUUUUGUGAAUUUCAUUAAUUUCUAUGGUUUGUUUUUUUGGUUCUUUCUUUAAGGGGCUCUUGAGUAAAGAUUGUAAGGGUUUUGGUGAUCUGUUAGGGGGGAAAACUACAAAUGGUUCAUUGUACAGCUUUGUUUGUCUUUGUCAAAUGGAAUAAAGUACAGUUUAGAUGAAAAGUAAUAAAGAAUUUCAAACCUGAA